CAGGUAAGGGAUGGGAGGGAGCCACCUGCAGGGCGGAGCCCGGCCGAGCCCGGCCGCUUCGCCUGCGUGUCGCCUGGCAUUCCUGAAGGGGCUGCGAGUGCGACUCCUGCUCCCGGCCUGGCAGCUCUCCCGGCAUGGCUCUGGAAGGCGGCGGCGGCGGCGGCGGCAGCAGCAGCAGCUUCCUGGAGGCUGCCCUGGCCGAGUGCACAGAGGCACUGAACUGCUUCCUGAAAAACCAGUUCAGUGAGAGCUUGGAGAUGCUGCAACCCAGGGCCAAAGAGAGCAUGUAUCAUGCCUUAAUCUAUGCCACCAUUCUGGAGAUGCAAGCCAUGAUGACCUUUGAGCACGAUGACAUUGUUCAUGCUGGACACACUAUGAAAGAGGCACAGGAAAUCUGCCAGAGGUUUCGGAGGAAAAGCACGGUGACCGGAUCCUUCUCCAGUCGGCUAGGCGGAGAUGCCUGUACUGAGGAGGAGCUGCAUGCAGAAGUGUGCUACGCAGAAUGCUUGCUGCACCGGGCUGCCCUCACCUUCCUGCAGGAUGAAAACAUGGUGAAUUUCAUAAAAGGAGGAAUCAAGGUGCGUAGCAGCUACCUCAUCUACAGGGAGCUCAACAGCUUCAUCCAGCCCAAUCAGUUGCCAUCGAGUUCUCCUUCUCGCGCCCAUCUGGAGGGGGGAGUCGCGCUGGGCAUUGGUGCCUUCAACUUGACGCUCUCCCUUUUCCCACCCCGGAUCCUGAGACUUCUGGAAUUUGCAGGGUUUUCAGGGGACAAGGAUUACGGCCUGCAGCAGCUGCAUCAGGGGGCCACCACAGCCAACCUGCGGGCUUUGCUUUGUACCAUGUUGCUCCUCUGCUACUACACUUUCCUUACCUUCGUCUUAGGGAUUGGUGAAGACAAUUUUACAGAGGCUGAGGCCCUCCUGAGUCCGUACCUCGCCCGCUACCCUAAGAGCGCCAUUUUCUUAUUCUUUGCUGGGAGGAUAGAGGAGAUCAAAGGGAACAUCAAUGAGGCCAUCAAGAAGUUUGAAGAAGGCUGCUCAGCCCAGCAGGCCUGGAAGCAGUUUCACCAUAUGUGCUACUGGGAGCUGAUGUGGUGCUUUGCCUACAAAGGAAUGUGGAAGAUGGCCUACUUCUAUGCGGACCUGCUGAGCAAGGAGAAUCGCUGGUCCAAGGCAAUGUAUGUGUACAUGAAAGCUGCCUUCCUUAGCAUGCUGCCUCCAGAGGAACCGCGGCCUUUUGGUGAGGAUGAGGUUGAGCUCUUCAGGCAGGUUUCCUCCUUCAAGCAGAAGAUUGCAGGGAAGUCUCCACCCACAGAGAAGUUUGCCAUCCGCAAAGCGAGGCGCUACAAAGCGAGCGAGCAUGUCCCUCUGCCUGUGCCAGCCCUGGAGAUGAUGUAUAUGUGGAAUGGAUUCACCGUCCUGGGCAAGCGCCAGGAACUGCUCAAGGGGACUCUAGAGACUCUGACACAGGCUGAGAAGCUGCUACAGAAAGCACCAGCCAGUGAGUACCAGGUGGACGACCGGUGUCUGGUGCUACUUCUCAAAGGCCUGGUCCUCAAGCACUUGCACAGUUCGGCUGAAGCAGAGGCUUGCUUCAGUGCUGUCCAUGGCAGUGAGAAGAGGAUCCGGUAUGAUCACUACUUGGUACCCAAUGCACUGCUGGAGUUGAGUCUCCUCUAUGUGGCACAAGGCCGUAACGAAGAGGCUGUGCAGCUGCUUCGUCGGGCGAAGAACAACUACAAGAAUUAUUCAAUGGAGUCACGCACUCUCUUCCGGAUACAUGCUGUAUUGUCCAAACUCAAGGCCGGCCAGGAAGAAAACGGUGCAGUUGGAGACAGCCCUUCCUAGGGAAUGGUGUGUUUCCUGCUUUCUGUCUCGAAAGA